AUGAACACUAAAUACAAGACAGCAUCGGGUCACCACAGGAACACUAAAUACAAGACAGCACCAGGUCACCACAUGAACACUAAAUACAAGACAGCAUCGGGUCGCCACAGGAACACUAAAUACAAGACAGCACCGGGUCGCCACAGGAACACUAAAUACAAGACAGCACCGGGUCACCACAGGAACACUAAAUACAAGACAGCAUCAGGUCACCACAGGAACACUAAAUACAAGACAGCAUCGGGUCGCCACAGGAACACUAAAUACAAGACAGCACCGGGUCACCACAGGAACACUAAAUACAAGACAGCAUCAGGUCACCACAGGAACACUAAAUACAAGACAGCACCGGGUCACCACAGGAACACUAAAUACAAGACAGCACCGGGUCACCACAGGAACACUAAAUACAAGACAGCACCGGGUCGCCACAGGAACACUAAAUACAAGACAGCACCGGGUCGCCACAGGAACACUAAAUACAAGACAGCAUCGGGUCGCCACAGGAACACUAAAUACAAGACAGCAUCGGGUCACCACAGGAACACUAAAUACAAGACAGCAUCGGGUCACCACAUGAACACUAAAUACAGGACAGCAUCGGGUCACCACAGGAACACUAAAUACAAGACAGCAUCGGGUCGCCACAGGAACACUAAAUACAAGACAGCAUCGGGUCACCACAGGAACACUAAAUACAAGACAGCACCGGGUCACCACAGGAACACUAAAUACAAGACAGCAUCGGGUCGCCACAGGAACACUAAAUACAAGACAGCACCGGGUCACCACAGGAACACUAAAUACAAGACAGCAUCGGGUCACCACAGGAACACUAAAUACAAGACAGCAUCAGGUCACCACAGGAACACUAAAUACAAGACAGCAUCGGGUCACCACAGGAACACUAAAUACAAGACAGCAUCAGGUCACCACAGGAACACUAAAUACAAGACAGCAUCGGGUCACCACAGGAACACUAAAUACAAGACAGCAUCAGGUCACCACAGGAACACUAAAUACAAGACAGCACCGGGUCGCCACAGGAACACUAAAUACAAGACAGCAUCAGGUCACCACAGGAACACUAAAUACAAGACAGCACCGGGUCGCCACAGGAACACUAAAUACAAGACAGCACCGGGUCGCCACAGGAACACUAAAUACAAGACAGCACCGGGUCGCCACAGGAACACUAAAUACAAGACAGCACCGGGUCACCACAGGAACACUAAAUACAAGACAGCACCGGGUCACCACAGGAACACUAAAUACAGGACAGCAUCGGGUCACCACAUGAACACUAAAUACAAGACAGCACCAGGUCACCACAGGAACACUAAAUACAAGACAGCAUCGGGUCACCACAUGAACACUAAAUACAGGACAGCACCGGGUCACCACAGGAACACUAAAUACAGGACAGCACCGGGUCACCACAGGAACACUAAAUACAAGACAGCAUCGGGUCACCACAUGAACACUAAAUACAGGACAGCACCGGGUCACCACAGGAACACUAAAUACAAGACAGCACCGGGUCGCCACAGGAACACUAAAUACAAGACAGCAUCGGGUCACCACAUGAACACUAAAUACAAGACAGCACCGGGUCACCACAGGAACACUAAAUACAAGACAGCACCGGGUCACCACAGGAACACUAAAUACAAGACAGCAUCGGGUCACCACAUGAACACUAAAUACAAGACAGCACCGGGUCACCACAGGAACACUAAAUACAAGACAGCACCGGGUCACCACAUGAACACUAAAUACAAGACAGCAUCGGGUCACCACAUGAACACUAAAUACAAGACAGCACCGGGUCACCACAUGAACACUAAAUACAAGACAGCAUCGGGUCACCACAUGAACACUAAAUACAAGACAGCAUCGGGUCACCACAGGAACACUAAAUACAAGACAGCACCGGGUCACCACAGGAACACUAAAUACAAGACAGCAUCGGGUCACCACAGGAACACUAAAUACAAGACAGCAUCGGGUCACCACAGGAACACUAAAUACAAGACAGCAUCGGGUCGCCACAGGAACACUAAAUACAAGACAGCACCAGGUCACCACAGGAACACUAAAUACAAGACAGCAUCGGGUCGCCACAGGAACACUAAAUACAAGACAGCAUCAGGUCACCACAGGAACACUAAAUACAAGACAGCAUCAGGUCACCACAGGAACACUAAAUACAAGACAGCAUCGGGUCACCACAGGAACACUAAGUACAAGACAGCAUCGGGUCGCCACAGGAACACUAAAUACAAGACAGCAUCAGGUCACCACAGGAACACUAAGUACAAGACAGCAUCGGGUCGCCACAGGAACACUAAAUACAAGACAGCACCAGGCUUCGCUCGCCCCCCCCACCCCCCACCCCACUGCAGGCUGUUCCUCCCUGGACAGGUGUUGGACAAAAAAGAGCAGAUAUGGCCACAGAGGGACUAA